AUGGCGGACGAAGAAAUAAUUCCAAAGACUUUGCUCCAGAAACUGCUUUUUUACACGACCGCGUUUUUCGUAUUACUGGGAACCUUCAGCAUGUUCGCAUUCCUCUUCCUGGUACCAUUUGUAAUCGAUCCAGCUUUCACGACAAUCUUCAUGCAAUUCGAUACAAAUCCAGCUCUGUGCGUGACGGUGGACACGGAGCACAGAAGAGGAGUCUCCAACUGUUCCUGGACCUCCUGCAGAGAAGGAUGCACGAAAGACGUGUACGACUGCACACAGAUACGCGUUAACUACAAACUAUUAGCUCCGGGCGAUGAGGUUCCUGAAAUAGUAACGGAACCCGUGUAUCAGAGAUACCACGCUCGAUAUCAAAGGGCUUUGCGUGAAUACGACUACAUAGAAAGGCCCAUGGAUCCAUACGAGCAGUACACGGAUUUCGAAAUGGAUCCUUUAGAACAAACCGGCCUCAUGGGCAAUGACUCUGAGUGGUAUUUUACCGGGGCGCGUCUGUUUCCCAACGUUAAGGGUUGCGGAUACCCUCCGAUGUUGAACUGUAGUAUAUUUCUCAAACGUUACCGCGAUAUUGGAACGAACUUCACGUGUUAUUAUAGUCGUGUUGACCCAGGGUUAGUGAUCAGCGAUUUGGACAUGUGGCAGAAUACGCUGAAUUUAGUUCUCGCGAUGGCGAUACCGAUUCCGUCGUUUAUUAUAUCGGUCAUAUAUCUGACUAUAGCGUACUUUUAUAUAUACAAUGAGGAGCCCGAAGAGGCGGCGGCUCCGUUAGGCGAUAACGCAGAAGAGAUUGCCGGCGAGGGCAGCGAAGGUGUGGUCGUGUCUGGGGAGGAAGGCACGGACGACGUCGGCGGAUGUGCAUCCACUACGAGCGGAGCCGGCCUGUCGCCGGCGGAAGAUCUCUCGGUGAGCUUCGGUCAUCAGCUCAAGGUCAAAAUGGUGGACGACAUGAGUAGGGAAAGCAUGGAUGGACUUCAGCCUUCUAAUUCCGCUUCGUUCAAUGGAAACUUGAGCAAAACGAUGACGACGAGUAUCUCAACGCCUCCUGGGCCGAUAGCAGCUCUCUGAAGAGGCAGUUCCAUGGACUCAAGAAUAUUUCCUGGCGCCCUAAGUAGACAGGCGCGGAUUUGAGCUCAAGUUCGCAAAGUCUUGGGGACGAAGACUUCGCUUCGGCGCGGCUUUUGCAAAUCAACAAACUCGCUAGCACUUUGUCAUGUUAGACAUGUUAAAUUCACCAGUUAAAAAAUAAUAAAUCGUUCAGAUAGAGAUAAGUUUUGCUUAAUGGAAAAACAGAAAAUUAGACGGUUACGUAGGUACAUCGGUUGUAAGAAGUUGUUGUUGGUAAUAUACAUUUUUAUUGAUAAUCGAAGCAU